AUGGGUGUUCCCCUCCUUCAAACGUUCCUGCGCAACACUCCCUCCAACUUCACAACUUAUAGACUCCACAGCACGAAACUUGUCAUUGACGGUCCCAACAUUUCCAACACCCUAUAUAAUGAAGCAAGCAUUUUGAACCAGUUCAACGGCGAGUAUCUUCAGUACGAAGCCCUGGUUGAAAGGUACCUGUUGAAUCUGAGGAAAUGCGAGGUUGAACCAAUUUUCGUGUUCGAUGGUCUACACGAGCCUUCAAAGUUCGAUACCUGCGUCAGCCGACUUUCAGAGAAUCUUCAGCGUGUGGCGGCUUUCCAGGAAUCGUGCAGUUUUGGUGGACUGCCUGCCGAGAGCGUGGAACGUCCUGAUAUUAAAUGCCUUCUGAUUCCUGCUGUAUUUGUGGCUGUUCUGAAGCGCUUCAAUAUGAAAUAUGCCUUCGUGGACUUUGAGGCCGACAAUGUAGUUGCAGAACUGGCAAUCAAGUUGAAGUGUCCAGUCAUGAGCAGAGAUCCUGACUUUUUCAUAUUCACAAAUUACUGGGAAGAUUGUGGGAACUAUUGUUGUAUGCAAACAAUUCCAUUUUGA